AUGUUUACUGGGCUACCAAGGAAGGGUGUAUCAAACACCUCAAACACUACCCCUGCAGCCGGAUUGGAGAUACGUGUGGCUAAAGGUUUGGGAUCCAAGGGCUAUGGGAAAGUACGACUCUCCAUCGUGGCCUCGAGCCGUGAGGAGGCCUCGGACUUCCCUUUCAGCUACCGGGAACAGUUCAGGUACCGAUGGACUGAGCACUACCUGCUUAGCUCCCUCCUCACGCUUCAGCCAGGAUCCAACAGGAUCAGCCUUGCCGGCCAGACCGUGAAGAUUGAUUUGCCUCCGGAGGACUCUGGCAUUCGGGCAAUCUUUGUGUCCGACCCCUGCUUCUCGUCAAAGCACGUGGUGUGUUCAUACAGUUCAACUUUCCAGACUUUGCAGAGAUCCACUGAUCUUUUGAAUGCAGUCUUUCAAGACGAGUCCAUGAACUUGUUUGGAAUGCUGGGUGACAACUUCUACGAUCAGGGUGGAGACAUUUCAACAGAUUUCUUCUCCCGCGUGUCCCACAAUGUGAAGCGUCGUUUCUGGCUGAUUGUAAACGGCAAUCAUGACAACUGGGUUUGCGGAUUCCCUGCAUGCGCGAGCCAGGCGGACAACUUUGGUAUUGGUCAGAUGCAGUACUAUCCGAUGGACUCGGUGGCCUCUGCAGACGGUAACCAACUGUUUGAUUUCGACUUAGACCCAGACAGUCAUCCGAAAUGGAAUUCUUUCCUGAACAAUGGUUCGAACUUCCUCUUCUACCACAAGUUGGGCAAUGUGGCCUUCCUUGGCUACUCUGGGGCGGCAAGCUACGAAGAGACGCUCCCACAUCUGCAAGCCGCAUGCCGAUACUUCGCAGAGUCGAAGCCGGAGAUAAUCUUCUUGCUUGGGCACUGGAAUUCUGGAGGGCUGGGAUGCACCAACAGCAUGAGCGUGCCUUCGAUCUACGAAACCCUCCUCACAAUCCCCGAAUGCGCGCCUUUUAGAUCGCGUUUGAAGUACAUGGAUGGGCAUGAACACUGCAACUACGUGCAGGCAAGCGAUGGCGACAAUAAGUAUGGCUUCAUGAUAGGUGGCCAUGGCAUGGCAGAUGUUGGAUGCAGACCUCAGUACGGCUUUGCCUACUUGGACACCACGCAAGGCUCAGCUAAGCUCUACUAUUUUGAAGUUGGUGGUGGUAGCAGAUGGGGAACCCUGACGUGCAUGGUGCUUGGCUUAGGCGUGGGAGUUGCUCUGGGGAUGCUGGCGGGGCUGGGGCUGACAAAGCUCUUCCAAUGUGCAAUGAACCGGAAGAAGUGCAUCUAUGUGGGCUUCAGCAUUCUUGGGGUCGCGCUUGGAGUUGUUGCUGGAUUCUUUCUGGGAGUCUUCAUUGUGAACCCUCUGUUUCCGACAGAGGAUAACUUUCAUGAUAUCAUGAACUGCCUGCAAACGAAUGGCGGCCUUCAUGCCUGCACUCACCUUGCCAGUGAGUGGCUCAAGCAGCCCAUCAAAAACUCCUCUUCUCUUUGGGUUUAG